CACAAAACGAUCGAUCUGCUCUGGCGCCGGCGGGCAAAAGUCGGGGAUGCGGAGCCGGUGCACGAGUGGAAGAAAAUCAGGUCUCCACCUUAGGACUGCUUGCCCAAUUCACAACACUACUUUGGAUUCCUUGGUAUGGUAGCUCCUAGAUUGAAGCUUGAUUGAGCAGAAGCAGAGAAUAAACAUGGAGAAGCUGCCCCUGUGCUUUCUGGUCAUCAUGAGUCUCUCCAAUGCUCUUGCACAGACAGACCUGAGUGGGAAAGCCUUUGUGUUCCCAAGACAAUCUCAGGAUUCCUACGUGACCCUAAUACCACACCUAGAGAAACCCCUGACGGCCUUCACAGUGUGCCUGAAAGUCUACACUGACCUGACCAGAAGCUAUAACCUUUUCUCUUUUGCCACUAGGGCACGGGAUAAUGAGAUCCUCCUCUUUCAUGAAGGGGGCAGCAAGUUCAGCUUGUCUGUGGGCAACGUUGGGGUGAUGUUCCAGGUUCCUGUGGCUACUCCUGCUCCAAGACACUUCUGUGCCACCUGGGAGUCAGAGUCAGGCAUUGCUGAACUCUGGGUAGAUGGGAAGCCUAUGGUGAGGAAAGCCCUAAAGCAGGGGUAUGUUGUGGAGAAACAAUCAAAGAUUAUCCUUGGGCAAGAGCAGGAUUCCUUUGGAGGAGGGUUUGAUGAGAAGCAAUCCCUAGUGGGAGACAUUGGAGAUGUGUCCAUGUGGGACUUUGCAUUGUCACCAGGAGAGAUUAAUACCGUGUACCUUGGUGGGACCUUUAGUCCUAAUAUCCUAGAUUGGAGGAGGCUGAAUUUUGAGAAAAAUGGCUAUGUGGUCAUUAAACCUCAGCUGUGGGCAGGAGACCCUGCUGCCUUCUGAGAUUCAGAUUCUUAUGAUUGCUCCUUUUCCUCAAAGAAAUUAAGCUUCAUUUUCCAUAUGUCUCAGUUCCUGCCAUCUUUGUGUUUCCCCACAUGCACGUCUCUCCUGUGGGGGCAAAAAUACUAUAGGGAUAAGUUCUGGGCUCCACACUUUGCCCUUAUCACAGAAAAGAAGAGGAUAUAAGCAAUGACUUGAGAAGAAAUGAAUCACUUUUGGGAGUUUUGUUCAUUUCUAAAGGCAUCAAUCAUAGAAUAUUAGAUCUGGGAUGGACAUGAAAGAUCCUGUAGUUAAAAUCUCCCAUUUAAUAAAUGUAGAGUCUAAGACUAAGAGAGGGAGAGUCAUCUCAUUGCCAUACAGCUAGUUUGUGUCAGAUUUGGAUUGCAGAGUCAUGGGAUAACGGAUAAAGAUGGAACAUAAGAGGUCAUGUAGUUCAAUACUUUAUUUUAGAAAAGAGGAAACUGAGCUCCAGAUUUUAGUGACUUGUUCACCUUACUCAGUGAAUGGUAAAGGUCAAUUUCAAUCCAGGUCCUUUGAAUUCAGAUCCAUUCCUCUUUCUAAUUUUGGCUAAAGGUGUGUCUAAAACUCAAAUCUCUGACUCUCUUAUCCAGUGAUUUUUUGUACAACAUCACUUUUUCUUUGUAGUUUUAUGACAUCUUUUCUCUGAGAACAUCAAAAUCUUACCAGAUAUAGAGUAGCACCAUCCUAGAAUUCUCGAGUUGAAUGGAAGCCUAAGGACAUCUAAUCAGUAUGGUCAGCAGCCAUGGCAAUUCAGAAUUCUCUCCUCUUUUAAGCCCAUUGUUAGGGUCUCAAAAGAAACAAAAAGGUACAAAUUUGGUGAAGACAUUUAAAUGUAAUCUUGUAGUUCCUUUACUUGGUUUCUGCUUAGGGCUGUGCCAUGUGAACCAAGGCUUGUUCUAGAGGUUGUGAGCAUUUAAUAAUUUGACCUUGAAAUUUAGUAACUCUGAAUUCAGUCAAGCAUGAGAAGGACCCAAGAGAGCCCCAAGAGAGAAAGCACAUUUUCUAUUGGUGAAACAAAUUGUCACAAGAAAUAGUGUUUUAAGCUAUCUUUUUAAAAAAAUUUUAUUUAUUUUUUAUUUUUUUUUGUUUUAAGCUAUCCUUGCCAUUAACUCUCCAAAAAUAGUCUAUAAUGAGCCCAGUGAUCAUCACCAAAUCCCUAUUAAAAACCCAUUUAUACCCAACCAUUCUACAACCAAGAGGAGCACAGCCCAAGUCUGGCAAUUGAUUAUGGUAAGAGCAGGUUUCCUUUUAAGAUGGGAAGGAGAUUGACCUUGGGAAUUAUUUGGGAGGUAGAAUUGGUAGAUAAGUGAGACUCGACCUAUUGGUUGAUCUUCCUUGUCGCUGACUGCAAUGCAAGAUUCAAUGUGAAUGGGGAGACAGAAAGGAGCAACAUCUAUUUUUGGAAAAUAUCCUUUCAAUCAUUGUGAGUGCUGUAAAUUUAUAUUUCUGGAAUGUUAUAAUACAUGAGUGUUUUAUUGCAUUCAGUCGUAAGCCUGAAUCAUUGGAUUGGCCUAAGCUAGACCUGGUCCAGAAUAAUACCAAAAGCCAGACCUGUGAAGAUAGGAUAUUCCUCAGGUAGUGCUGCAGGGAGAGUUUGAAACAGCUCAUGGGUAAAUUGAGGGUGCUAGUGCAUGGAGAAUUUGUGAUGAAACAGACCCCCUUCAGGCAGGAGGCUGGCUGAAUAUAAGACCAUUCACUUGAAUUUAUCUUCCUUUGUUUCACUUCAUCUUACUGGCUACCAGCCCAAAGGCUUUGUUCAGACUCCAGGUGAUACCUUCUAUGUUUCUCUAUGACAUUCCUCUGUGUGCACCUACUAGGCACCUUGCUCAUUUUUCUUUAGUGUGUUGUUGUCAGGGCAUCAUGGACUUAGCAUAAAUAUGUCCAAGAGAAUAGGAAAUGGUUUUGAAGGUGUAGUCAGUGGCAUAAUUACUGAUCAAUGCGAUGAUAAACCAUGACUCCAGAGGUCCGAAGAUGAAGCACGCUACCCAUCUCCUACCAGAAGAAUGAAGGACUUAACAUGCAAAAUGAGACAUACAUUUCUGAACAUGGACAGUGUGGGAAUUUGUUUUGUUCUUACUAUGCAUAUUUGUUAUG